UGAAAAUCUAUGAAACAUUUGUAUAUGUGGUUACUUAAGUUCUUUUUUAAGCAAGUACAACCUUAUUAGUGAUUAUUUAUAAUUAUAUUUAUCAAAUUUUGGAUAUUGUUUUGUAAUAAGAAUAAAAAUAUAUAAUGUUGACACAAAAAAUAUACCAUAAUGGAAUACGGUAUAUACCAACAUGUAUUUAUAUGUCCAAAAGAACUAUUAAAAAUAUUGAGGAUAUAGAUGUAUAUGAAGUUAAAAAAAAAUUAUCUGAACAAAAUAAAAAAUUAAAACAAAGGCCACCAUUUUUUAAAAAUCUAUUUCUUGGUAAAUUUGAUUAUGAAUUUAUGGCUUUUCCUGAACCACAAUCAGACGAUAGAUACAACCAGUUUUUCGAAUGGAUAAAACCAAUUGAAAAUUAUAUGUCUUCUGUAAACAGAAAUGAUUUAUCUAAAAAAGAAGCAUUUCAAGCAUUGAAAGAACUUGAUGUCUUACGAGCAAGAAUAAAUUCGAAGUAUGGUGGAUUAGAUAUGUCUGAAGCAGAAACUGUUAAAGUAUUGGAAAUUUUAGGAUCUAUACCUUGGCUAGCUUCAUGCUUUGUUAAGAAUAAUCUCCUGCCUAUUGACUUAAUUUCUAAAUUUGGUAAUGAAAAGCAAAAAGAAUAUUAUUUGCCUAAAAUAGGAAAUGGAGAAUUAUUACCUACAGUUUGUAUUACCGAAAUUUUAACUGGUCCAAAUAUGAAAAACAUUGAAACCGAAGCAAUACCUUCAAAUUGUGGUAAAUAUUGGACGAUAAAUGGCAGGAAAGAAUUUAUUACUAAUGGAGUAGAUUCUAAUCUCUUUUUAGUUGUUGCUCGAUCUGAAGAGAAACAUCUCUCAAUGCAUCACUCGCUAUCUACUUUUAUAGUAGAAAGUAAGCAUGGAGGUAUUACUUGUAGUAAUGUUAUUAAUACAGUAGGUCAACCGGAAGUACAUCUUUGUACGGUUGACUUUAAAGAUACAUGUAUUCCUGAGGAAAAUUUGCUAAGUGAAUUGUUUAAUGGACAUUCUGUUUUAUUGGAUGUAUAUGCCCCUGGAAACAAUAGGGUUGCUGGAGAAUCAAUUGGUAUUUUGCGAAAUUUCCUAUCCUUAUUGAACAAAAAUAUUUUAGGAAGAAAACAUCUUGACAAAAAUAUGCAUGAAUUUGAAGCAGUACAAGAAGUUGUCGGACAUAUAUCAAGUCGUUUGUAUUGUAUGGAAAGUGUCGCAUUAUUUACUAGUUCAAUAAAUGAUAUUUAUGAAAAUCAAGAUUUGGAAAUAGAAAAGGCAAUAACAGAAACUUAUUGUGCUAAUGAAUGCAUAAAACAAAUACAAAAAGGAUUACAAGUGAUUGGAGUUGAAAGUUAUUUAAAUAAUAAUCCAUACAUGCAAUUGUAUCAGGAUGCUUUAGGAUUAUCUUUACUUGAUGGAUCUGCUAUUGAUGAACAAAUAUACAUAGCUUUGUUAGGUUUGCAACAUGUUGGAAUGAAUAUUCAUGAAGAUAUACGAGAAUCAAGGAAUAUCUUACAAAAUCCUAUUUUUAUGUUCAAGCAAAUGAUUUCUCAAAAAAAAGUUAAUUUAUAUUUAUUUGAAUAUGCACAUUUAUCCCUUAAAGAUGCAUGUUCUGCAAUUGAAGAAUGUAUUAAUAUAUUAGUAGAAAUGUGUAUAAAGUUAUUAGAAAUGUAUGGAACAGAAAUAUCUUCUAAGCAUAUACUUUUACAAAAAUUGGCUGACAUUGCAAUUCAGUUAUAUGUAUCAAUUGCUGUAGUAUCGCGUGCUUCUAGAAGUUAUUGUACAGGAAUGAGGAAUACUGACCAAGAACGAUAUAUUGCUAUGUAUGUUGCUCAACAGAUGCAUAAAUCAAUACAAAUAUUACAAGAUGAUAUAUUUAAUUGUUUAAAUUAUGCUGACAGAGCAUUACACACAGUAUCUACGUCUGCAUUUGAACAUAAAGGUUAUAUGUGUGAACAUCCUUUGAAAAGAAACAUUUAAUUAUAUAAAAAAAAGUGUAUCCAAUAUAGUAGUACAUUUAUUUACUAUUAGAAACUUAUUAUCUAAACAAUACGACCCACAUAUAUUAUCCUUAUGUUGUAAUGUUUGAACAUUUUAUUUUCAGAUAAUUAACAUAUUCUAGAAUUAUUAUAAUCUAUAAAACAGCGACUAACUUGAUAGUUGUGUUAUGUUGUAUUAUGUAAAACAUAAUUUUAUUUAGACUAAUUUCAUUGUGACGAGAUUGCUGUAUGUUAAAAUCUAUUGUUAAUUACUUCAUCAAAAAUUAAAUAUCAAAAAUAUUGAGAACAUAGGCUUCUUUUGAUAAUGGGAUUUAUAGUUCAUGAUAGAAUCAAAUAUAUAAGAAUAAAUAUACUAAUAAUUACGUUCAGAUAAACUCUUACAUAAUUGUAUAAAAAUGUAUUGUUUAGAAAUAAGUAUUGCUUUAAAUAUAAGGAUACAUUAAUUAUUUAAAAUAAUUUGUAAAAAUAAACCGUAAAAUAAAAAU